AUGAGGGACAAGAAGAAGAUUAGCCUUCCAGCAAAGUUAAUAGAUGGAGGUGUAGCUGGGCUUGUGGGGGUGACAUGUGUUUUCCCUAUUGAUUUGGCUAAAACCCGUCUCCAGAAUCAGCAAGGACAAACAGUCUACACUGGAAUGCGAGACUGUUUGGUGAAGACGAUUCGCUCAGAGGGGCUCUUUGGCAUCUAUCGAGGGGCUGCUGUGAACCUAACUCUUGUCACACCUGAAAAAGCAAUCAAGUUGGCAGCCAAUGAUUUCUUCCGCCAGUUGCUCUCUCAGGAUGGAAAACAAUUGUCAUUAGCAAGGGAGAUGCUGGCUGGCUGCGGAGCUGGGACUUGCCAAGUGGUGGUCACUUCCCCAAUGGAGAUGCUGAAAAUCCAGCUACAGGAUGCUGGACGGCUAGCUGCUCACCAGCAGAAGGCCUUGGGACAGGAUGGAGUAGUUGCUGCCACCUCUCACCAUCCACCGGGACAGCCUUACAGCGCAGGGUCUGCAGCAGCAGCAGCAGCCUACCAACGUCCCUCUGCCACUAUGAUCGCCAAAGGUCUGCUGCAUACCCAAGGGAUAGCAGGCCUGUAUAAAGGUCUGGGGGCCACUCUGCUCAGGGAUGUGCCAUUUUCUGUUAUUUACUUCCCACUCUUUGCCAACAUCAACAAGCUGGGGCAGGAGAACCCUGAAGAAAAAGCACCUUUCUUGCACUCAUUCAUUUCUGGCUGUGUGGCAGGAUCUGUGGCUGCAGUCGCAGUGACCCCACUGGAUGUUCUAAAAACUCGCAUUCAAACUCUCAAAAAAGGUCUGGGAGAGGACACAUACAAUGGGAUCUUCGAUUGUGCCAGGAAAGUCUGGAUUCAUGAGGGUCCAGCUGCUUUCAUGAAGGGAGCAGCAUGCCGUGCGCUGGUAAUAGCUCCUCUGUUUGGCAUAGCCCAAGGGGUCUAUUUCAUCGGCAUUGGAGAAUAUGUCACUGGAUUUUUCAAAUAACACCAUCUCCAAAUGCAGUGAUUCUUUGGCUGAGACUGCAUGCAUUCUAUGGAACUGACUGAUGGAAGAACUAAAAAUACUAUUUUUUAAUAGCUGCAGGGUAAGAAACCACUAUCCAGACUCCACUUUCCAAACAAUCCCCUACAGCCAAACCCUCUUUAUAAGGGUGAGGAUUGCAUGGUAUUAAGGAAAAGGUACAAGUCUGGCUUAUCAAACUUUAAUCUUUUCUUUACAAUGCCCAGCUGCUCACCCAAUGGAAAG